AUGCCUAUGGAUGAAGCGAAAAAAAAAUUGUUGUAUGAUGCAUGUUCCGGCAACGACUAUGAAACUUUUAUAGGGAACUGGGAUAUUUCCGAAAUUGAUACUGCUCUAGAUGACCAAGGCAACACCGCUUUACACAUUGCAGCGUCUCAUGAUCAUGCAGAUCUUGUUCGUUUCUUGUUACUUUGCCAUGCAAGUCCAACAAAGAGGAAUAAUGAAGAAAAAACUCCAGAAGAAAUGGCAUCAGAUGAUGAAAUUAAGGAGAUGUUCAAAGCUGAGAUUCGACCAUCGCCGACAACUGAAGCUGAGAACCGUUUUGUUGGCAAUCCGGACGAGUUAGAACCAAUCGAAUGGUUGGAUUCGUAUAAUAAUGCUUAUCGAAUCGCGUACGAAAAUCACGAACACAUGAAACGAUGGAUAACUCGCGUACCGUUGAGAAAAUUGCUAGACGAACUCAGAAACAAUUAUAUUCAGAAGAUGAAAUUCUCGACCGAUGGUAAUCUAGAAAAAAUAAUCGAAUUUAUCGACGAAGCCAUCAAGAAGAACGAUUUAAUUAAACUGAUUACCCUCUAUACGAAUCCUAUACCCUUUUGUUCAAGAUUAAAUGAAGAUUUGGCUAAACUGGGAUCAGAUUUUCGUUUCGUUAGUACACAAUUAGAUUCUCCAGACAAUGAGGCACCAAAAGACCUUGGUCAAUACAUAUUCGCCUCGCUUCUUGUUAAUCACCAAGCCUUUCGACGUUUUCAAAAGACUGCAAAAACAUAUCGUGGAAUGAAUGUAUAUGAGCAAGAUUUGAAAGAGUAUGCGGAAAACAAAAUCGUCAUUACUCGUUCAUUUCUUUCAACAUCGAAAAAACGCUCAGUUGCGGAAAUCUAUUUAGGAUUCGAAGAUUCGGCUAAGGGUCCAGCAGUUAUGUGCAUUUAUAAUGUUUCUAAUCCUCGUUCAAGUCUUCACAUUCAAAGAUAUAGCCGAUUUCCUAUAGAAGCAGAAGUAUUGAUUGUACCAUUUGUUGCCUUCAAAAUCACAUCGGUGAAAAAAGAAAUUGUAAAAAGAGCUGGAAAAGACCAAACACUAACAACAAUCGAAUUGGUGGAAUGUGAACAAAAUCCGAAAUGA